AAAAAAAAUCAAAUAACAACAAAACAAAAAGAACGGGAGGGACGACAACAGAGCACGCACAUGGGAGAGCGCUGCGAUUUUUCCACUCCCCUACGUUGCGCGAUGGCUUAUAUAUGAGGAGGACACUUUGGAAUGCGGAGAUAAAAACAAGCGUCUCCAGAAGGGAGAGGGAGAGAGAGCGAGAGGAAGAGAGAGAGAGAGAGAGAGACAGAGAGAGAGAGAGAGAGAGAGAAAACACAACACGGCCACAGAGACGGACUCCUCCCCGCCUCGGCCGUGACACCUCCGGCGGAUCACAGCGAAGAGGAUGACAGUGUUUCAUUUUUUGUUUGUUUUGGGUUUGUUUUACACGGCGAUCUAACGCUGUCAGUCAUCAUUUUCCUCCGGCACGCACUGACUGGCUGACUGCAUGGCUUCAGAAAGUUGCCGGGAUAAUAACAUGGACAUCUGACUUGCGCCCUCACAGCGUCAUUGGACCACAUUGAGCCCCCCUCUCUCCAUCACGUCUCGGACUAAUCUGCGCUUUUUGCGUUUGGAGUGAAGGGCUGAGCAGUUGUCACUUUGGCCCUGACACAGGCUACACCCAGCAAGCGCAAGGGGGGGUUUGACACUGUACAACGCCACGGGAGACACCGAGUGUUCUGCUGCGCAUUGGUGGCUUUCUGCGCUGGUCUCACUUGUUUGUGCAUCAGAGAGGGGGGGACCACAUUCUAUCUGGAUUCCUCCGUCCUGAUAAACCGGCAGGAACAAAAAAGGCACAUGUUUUCAUCGGGACUGUUGACGCCUUAAUUUUUUGUAACUUCACCUGAACAAGUGUCACCUCAUCCGUCCUCCCCGUUGAAUGAUCACAUUUGCCUCUUUUCUUUCGCUCGUUUCUCUUUCUGUUCGCAUUACGUUGAUAGCUCUGAAGCAGAAACACCGGUCCACAUGUGACUGAGAUCAGGUCACCUGUCCCGGUUCAGGCGCCCCGUUUCUCCUACCUGCACCCUCCAACCCGCUCCACAUAUCUGAUCCUACCGAGCGAUCGACUCUGAGACGGAAUAGACUAACGAAGUUUUGCUGUAGUGAUGCUGCAAGUGGAAAUGGUCCUCUUCGUCUGCCUGGUGCUGCUGAUGUGUGUUCUAAGCCAGGAGCCCGGAUCCAAAGUGGUGGCCGACCGCUACGCCGUCUUCUGGAACCGGACCAACACCAAGUUCCACCGUGGUGAUUAUCACAUCGAUGUGUGCAUAAAUGACUACCUGGAUGUCUACUGUCCUCAUUAUGAGGACCCUGUGCCUGAGGAGCGAACAGAGCGCUAUGUCCUCUACAUGGUGAACUACGACGGCUACAGCACAUGCGACCACACCGCCAAGGGCUUCAAGCGCUGGGAGUGCAACAGGCCGCACUCCCCGAACGGGCCGCUAAAGUUUUCAGAGAAGUUCCAGCUCUUCACUCCCUUUUCUUUGGGCUUCGAGUUUCGACCAGGCAGAGAAUAUUAUUACAUCUCCUCCACCGUUGCUCCAAACGGGAAGAAAACAUGCCUCAAGCUUAAAGUUUUCGUCCGACCAUCAAACAGCUGUCUGAAAACAGAUCGUGUUUUUGAUAUAGAUGACAGAGUAGAAAGUACGUUACCAAGAGAUGAAACUAGCCAUGAAACGGCUGCCCCUUCGCGGAGUGAAACGAACGCUGCGCAACGUCUGCAGAAGACAAGUUCUCUACUUGCUUUGCUGCUGGUCACCCUAGUGGGACUCUUUACUUUAUAGCGCCUCCCUCUGUGCUGGAGGUCAUUUACACCUAGCGUGGCCUGAAUCUACCCUAGGCUGCAGGGUAGUGGGUGGGAUUUGGGUGGAUUGCAUUUGCUUGAUUGGGCAUAAAAAGCAGGCUUCUCAAGAAAAAAAAAAAAAAAAAAAAAACUAUUUUUUUCAGAAGAAAAAUUAAGUGGUCUUUCUCCUUCUGUGAGUUAAAAAAAAGUUGAUGUUAAAAGUGGGAGAGAAAGUGCCCCCUCUUAUACCUUCAACCAAGAUGCCAAAUCCCAUUUUUUUGACACUUAGUGAUUCUUAUUUUCCCAUGACAUUUAUCAUCUUGCUACAUCGUAUUUAUGUCAUUGCAGCACUGAUGUUUACCUAUGAAAACUAAGUUCAUGCAGUUUAUUGUGCAUACACACAGACGGCACACCAUUGCAACAAUGCAAAAGCACAUUCAAAAACAGCAGCCAAUAGCAGAAGAGUUUUACAUUUUUAGACAGUAGCCGUAUACACAGUGGAGCAUUGUAGAUUCUAGGUGUUAGAAAUUAUUGUAUAUACGACAGACAGAAAUGGAACGUUUCCCUGAGACCUCUCAAUAAGCCUUCUAAAGCUUAGCUUAAACCUGAGAUAGAUGUAGUUGUUCAGUUUUUAACUAAGACAGAAUUCAGAAAUAUGUGAAAUAUCUGACAUGGAGCAAAGUCACUUACAAUCCCUGGUUUUUUAAACGUGGUGUCCUCUUUCUCCAUACUAUGAUGAGCAGUUGAACGUUCCGGACGAGCAAAUCCUUUUCAAAUCAGUGAGCAACUCUUUCUUUCUGACAAACCCAAUAAACUUGGCCAAUAAGACAUUUUUAAAAAAAAAAAAAAAAGGGUUCUGUUCACUCAAAC